ACCCACUUGCAGCUGUGGGAAAUCUCUUGUUCUCGGUUUGAAUCAUCACAAGCCACAGCUAAACACAUAACCUGUGGUGGAAAACAUUUACUCCGUGCAACUGAAAAUUCCAAAGUAGACCAGGGUCUGGCGCCCUCAUUCUCGGCGGCUCCUGGCCCAGAGGAGAACCCAGGAGGCUGUCUGCCCUCACCCGAAGAGCGAGAUUCCUGAGUCCACCGGCCUCCAGCCCCUCCCGGGGAAAGGUUUGGUGAAAGAAGCCAUCCUGCUUCACUUCCCGUGGAUUACUGGAUCAUAAUGCUUGGGCACUGCUGAUGGAAAAGAGGAACAUUUCAAAGAAAUAUGAGAUGUGUCCCUCAACUAAAACUAGAAACAUCAGAUGACUACAUCUCCAGGCCUCAUCUUCCACCUAAGUUUACCAGAAUGUACACACACACACACUCCUUCCUGGGGGACAAGCAUCAGGUUCUGAAGAUACUCGAAGAAAUUGACAAAUCCAGAUGGCCACCAUUGAUGGGAGAAUGGUCUCCAGACGCCGGGGAUCUGGCUGGGGGCGCCAGGGGAGCGGGGCCUGCCUGGGCUCCCUGGAUGACCCGCCGUGCGAGGGGACUCAGCUGGCCAUGCUGAGGAGGGCACAGGAAUUCUUUCAGACCUGUGACACCGAGGGCAAGGGCUUCAUCGCCAGGGCAGAUAUGCAGAGACUCCAUAAGGAGCUGCCCCUCAGCUUGGAGGACCUGGAGGAUGUGUUUGAUGCCCUGGAUGCUGAUGGCAAUGGCUUUCUGACCCCAGAGGAGUUCACCACUGGAUUUAGUCACUUCUUCUUCAGCCAGAAUAACCCAAGUCAGGAAGAUGGAGGUGAGCAGCCGGCCCAGCUCCAGGAGGAGAAGGUGUAUCAGAGCAGAGGGGACGAGGACCUGGGCUACAUGGAUGAAGAUGAAGAAGCCCAGUUCCAGAACCUCAUGGACAGACUUGGAGCCCAAAAGGUUUUGGAAGAUGAAGCUGAUGUCAAGCAGCUCUGGCUGCGGCUCAAGAAGGAUGAGCCUCACUUACUGUCCAACUUCGAGGAUUUCCUGACCAGAAUCUUCUCACAGCUCCUAGAAGCCCACGAGGAGAAGAAUGAGCUGGAGUGCGCCCUGAAAAAGAAAAUCGCUGCCUAUGAUGAAGAAAUCCAGCACCUCUACGAGGAGAUGGAACAGCAAAUCAAAACUGAGAAGGAGCAAUUUCUCCUAAAGGACACGGAGAGGUUCCGGGCCCGCAGUCAGGAGCUGGAGCGGAAGCUGCUCUCAAAGGAGCAGGAGCUGGAACAGCUGGUCCAGAAGCAGAAGCGGCUGGAAGGCCAGUGCACUGCCCUGCACAAUGACAAGCACGAGACCAAGGCUGAGAACACCAAGCUGAGACUCACCAACCAGGAGCUGGCACGGGAGCUGGAGCGGACGUCCCGGGAGCUCCAGGACGCCCAGCAGCAGCUGGAGAGCCUCCGGCAAGAGGCCCACAAGCUCCACCAGGAGAAGGAAAUGGAAGUGUACCGUGUCACCGAGAGUCUACAGCGGGAGAAGUCGGGGCUCCUGAAGCAGUUGGAUUUCCUGAGGGAAAGGAACAAGCAUCUCCGGGAUGAACAGGACAUACGUUUCCAGAAAGACAAAGCGGCCAGGGCAAACACAGCUGCUUCCAAGGCAAGCUGUAAGCAGCGAUCUGGCUCUGUGAUCGGCAAAUACGUGGACGGCACAGGGAUGCUCAGAAGCCAGUCCGAGGAGGAGGAGGAUGUGUUUGGCAUCCAGAGGCGGAGAAGCUCCCUGGGCCUGAGUGGGUGCCCCAUUACAGAAGAGGAGCCGGGGCCUGGAGGACCGCUCACCCGGCGGCUCCGCAGGAUCAUCUCCAUUGAAGAGGACCCCCUGCCCCAGGUGCUGGGAGGCGGCUUUCAGCAGCCGCUGAGCAAAUGCUCAGAAGAGGAGGAGGCCUCCGGCCAGGGGGUGGAUGGACAAAGUGGACGUACCCGACCUCUGGGACUCAUGCCCACGUCUCCCCGAGGGCAGCCUGUGGGAAAGGAAGCCCUGUCUGAGAAGGAAGGCUCCCCGUCCACCCCAGACCGGCUCUUCAAGAUCGUGUUCGUGGGCAACUCCUCCGUGGGGAAGACGUCCUUCUUGGGCCGGUUCUGCGAUGGCAGGUUCUCCCCAGGCUCGGCAGCCACUGUGGGCAUCGAUUACCGCGUGAAGACGGUGUGUGUGGACGGCUCGCGGGUGGCCGUGCAGCUGUGGGACACGGCGGGGCAGGAGAGGUAUCGCUGCAUCACCCAGCAGUUCUUCCGAAAGGCCGACGGCGUCGUGGUCAUGUACGACCUCACGGCCAGACAGUCCUUCCUGGACGUGCGGCAGUGGCUGAGCAGCGUGGAGGAAGCUGUGGGAGACCGCAUUCCUGUUCUUCUGCUGGGCAACAAAAUUGACAACGAGACAGAGCGAGAAGUGCCGCGGGGCCUGGGAGAGCAGCUGGCCAAGGAACACAACCUGAUCUUCUAUGAAUGCAGCGCCUAUUCCGGUCACAACGCGGAAGAGUCUGUGCUCCAUCUGGCCAGGAUCCUCAAGGAGCAAGAAGACACGGUGCAGGAGGACACCAUUCAGGUUGACCGCCCUGCCAAGAAGAAAGCCUGCUGUGGCUGAUACAGGCCUCCCGCCCGGACCUGAGGCCACGGGGCCGCCCUGCCUCCUGCACACAGGCUCCUGCACGAAUGCCCCCACCAAGACCCACCGGACCUUUGUCUCCAUCGGCAAUGAUCCCCCCACCACCGUGGAAGGAAAGUGCAACCCCAAGGAGAGCUGCUCUCUGGACGUCUCGGGGUCUUUCCCUCUCUGCUCUGUCUGGACCCAGGUGUUGCUUCCAUCCUUCUUUCUCCCCCACCUUGGUUUCCUGGGGGAAUGGACAGAUGGGCUUUUCCAGAAAAACCACCCUGUGCCUUCUCCACCUCCCUUCUCCCCACCCUGCCCUUAGGAGCCUGGCACUGACGUUGCCAUGGCAACUGUGCAGGGCAGACUGGCAGCUUCCUGUAGGUCAAAAGUCACGGGACUGGGCAAUGCUGGGCAAUCGGUCCAGGCUCGGAGCCUGUUCUCUGAAUGCCAUGGACACCCUUGGCAUGUGCUUCAUGGGCCUUGAGGUGCCUACGGGUGCUGAGUCCAUCAAACCGAGAUACCUGCUUCCUGUUGCACCUUCAUCCCCAGGGGACUGCUCCUUCCCCAGCUUCAGGGCCCCUCCUUUCUCAGCAGCCACCCGGCCUUGGUGUUUAUCCCCGUGGGUUCUUUGGAGCUGCACCUUACAAAAGCCACAGCCUUCCCCCCCACCGCCCACCUGCUCCCCCGACUCCACAGGGUGGACUGUGGGUGAUCAGUGUACACCGGGGGUCAGGGAGUGGGCUGACCAACUGCUUAACUUUGAUGAGGAGAUGAAAAGAAAACCUGGGCAACAAAACCAGCUGCUGCUAAACAGAGCGCCCAUGUCUGAGGGUAUCAGGAAGGUACACAGAGCCGUGUAAAAGCCAUUUUCUAACUGUUUCUCAAAAUAGCUCUUCAAGAAUUGUACCUGGUGAUUAUCAGGGUAGAUUGACAGGCAGGCAGGGAGGCCCAACCUUGGGUCUGUAGUUACUGACUUCAUUUUAUUUUACUUUUCUAGAAGGCUAUAUUUUUUUCAAGUGUGGCUGUGAUGUUGACAUGUGGGGGGUUCUGAGCGGUGAGCAGAGGGUAGCUGCCGGCUUCGGCACCCCGUGACAGCCCCUGAACAGGGCACUUG